CUGGAAUGUAAACAAUGAAGGGUGGGCGGCGGCCAGAGGAAUUACAGCAGGUUUUGACCUUCAGCUCUCGCAAAACAACACCAUAGCAUUAGCGAAGAAGAUAGCUAUCCAUUUUGACUUUCUAGUAUCAUAGCUAAUACAAGUACAGCCCGCGGCUUUUAGCUCUUCACUUUCAAGCGGAUCAGAAAAAUGUUUUCCCUAUUGACGAACUUGGUCUGGGGAGCCCAAGAAGAGACGGACGCCCAGAGCGCCGUGGAGGCGGCACAGGUUGAGCACUCGACCCGCGAGGAAGAAGACGAGUGGCUGCUCAUAACGACAGGCGCCGAGAAGACCUCUGACAAAGGCAGAAGUGAGACCACCAGUCAGGAGAGUGAGUGUGACAGAGAGAGUGUCUGCUCCGAUGGUUCCUGGAUCAUCGCCCCAGCCCCCACCUUCAGAGCCACUGGGAGCGAGACUGUGGCAGAGGCAGGGCGCUCUCUCGAGAACCUUCUCAUUGAGCACCCGACCAUGUCUGUGUACGGCCAGGUCUCUCUUCACGGAGGGAGAGAGGAAGAAGGAGGAGAUGAGGAGAGGGAAAGAGAGCAGCGAAGAGCCAGGGCCGAGGCGAGGGAAAUGGUCCUGUUGAGAAACAGACAGCGGUACCAGGUCGCCCGGCAGCUGCAUGUCCCUGUGGGCUCCAACAGGAAUCACAAGACUGAAUCGCCAGCUAAGACUGACGCACUGAGAGUGACUAGGAAAGCUGCUCGUAGGCACAACAACACGAGGCAGAGGAACGCCAGGGGUAGGCAGGUCAUGAGCGUGAAGAAGUGCUCAUUUGUGGCCGGUCGACGCAGAUGCUAGCUCACAUAAUAUGGGAACUCGUCCAGCUGCCAAUGUGCCUCUUAGUACACUAAUUAUACAUUAGUUGUGUCUCACAAGUCUAGCUCUCUCUCUCUUUCGUAUUAUAUUUUCCUAGCUUUUUAGUUCACUAUAUACUAUUUUUAUCCUCAGAGUCAUCAGGUUAUCUAUUAGCACUCUCACCAGCUAUUUUUAGACGUGUAUGUUUAUGUACUGUAAUGCUUUUUACUUUUAAAAUGUGGUCGGAAGUAUUACUUUCAGCUUGCAUGUAUGGAGAAGAGACGUGAGUGUAUAUAGGUGUCCCUUUGUACACUGAGAAUUAGUUAUUGGAUACCCUAACACAAAGCUUCUUUUUAGCAAAUACAUUCAUCUGUGCAUGCAGUCAGGGCAAAAAAAGUGCUAGCAAGGCAGUGCCCCGGGUGUACGGUAUGCUCGUGAUUCUGGUAGAGUAUCUGUAUUCAUUCCAGUGAAUCUCAACCACGCAUAUCUCUCCACACACAGUCACUGCAUAACCGUGUAUAUA